AUGGCUCAAGCCACUGGCAUAUUAAUCAGUAUCCUUUGCCGGGCUCUCAAGACGGGUAUCAUGAAGCGCCGCUCGUCCCGAAUCAAACCUCUGCUCACCGACGCCAACAAGGUCGAGCGCCUCGCCUUCUGUGGAGCACAUUUGAACCUCACCAAUAACGCCAUCAACGAGUACAUUACUGCUAAUGAUUUCAAAAGCUCCAACGCUGAGACCGGCGAAGCCCGUCUCAGCAACAACAGCAAGUGUGUCUUUCUUCAAGAUGACAACGCGACGCUGCACAGCAAAAUCGACGACGAAGCUCUUGCCAAAGUAUCCACUCAUGGGUGGACGUUCCGAGUUCAUCGGCAACUGCCCAACAGCCCCGACUUAAACGUGCUCGACCUUGGUAUCUUCGCUUCCAUUCAGACCCUACAGUACAAGAUGUUUAGUCGCUCUGUGGAUGAUGAAAUUGCGUCGACAAUGGCGGCAUUUGACAAUCUCGAGGUAGAUACCUUGGAGAAUGAGUUUCUUACCCUACAAGCUGUUAUGCGCUUGGUUUUAGAACAAAGUGAUGGUAACCAGUUCAAGCUCCCUCAUCUGAACAAGGCUGCCAUGCGUCGUGCUGGAAACCUCGUGGUGAAUUUGACCUGCCCAGUGUCGCUCCUCUUCGAGGCCAACGGCCUCCUUUAA